AUGUUUGCCCUCAGUUUCUCCCCGGGUCACCCUCGGUUUCCCAGACCGUCCACUCCGUUUCCCCCCCUGCUUCGCCUCGUUCCCCGCCCUGCUUCCCCUCGUUUUCCCCUCAUUUCCCCCCUGGUUCCCCUCAUUUUCCCCCUCCCCGUCCAAUCAUUCCCCCACCUUCCCCUCUUUUUCCCCCCUGCUUCCGCUCAUUUCUCCCCCUACUUCCAACCGUUUCCCGCUCUGCUUCCCCUCAAUUUCUCCCUCCUUCCCCUCAUUUCCCCCACUUCUUCCCCUCGUUUCCCCCCCUGCUUCCUCUCUUAUCUCCUCCUGCAUCCCCUCAUUCCCUCCCCCUCCUUCCCCUCAUUCCCCCAGUGCUCUCUAUUUCUCCAUCUGCUUCCCCUCAUUCCCCCCCCCUGCUUCCCUUCAUUUCCCCGCCUCCUUCCCCUCAUUUCUCCGCCUGCUUCCCCGCCUUUUCCCCCCUGCUUCCCCUCAUUUCCGCUCCUCUUCCCCUCGUUUCCCCCCCCCUCCCCCUCUCCUUCCCCUCACUUCAUAUCUGCUUCCCCUCAUUUUCCCCCCUCCUUCCCCUCGUUUCCCCCGUGCUCCCUAUUUCUCCCUGUGCUUCCCCUCAUUUCUCCCCAUGCUUCCCCUCAUUUCUCCUCCUCCUCAUUUUCCAUCAGUUUCCACUUCCCCAGUCCGGGAUAUUACCAACUUCCCUCUCUACUCUCUGCCUACCCUCCCUUCUAUCUUUCCCCCCUUCCCUGUCUCCUCCAUUCCCGCUCCCUCGUCUUCCUAUCUGCUCCCUUGUCUCUCUCCCCUCUUCCUGUCUCCUCUCCCUCCCCAUUCUCUUUCUAUCUCAUCCCUUCCCUCUCCCCUCUCUUCCCUCUCCCCAUUCUCUCUCCCCUAUUUCCUAUCUCCUCCCUUCCCUUUCCCCCCUCUUCCUUGUCUCCCAUUUUUCCUAUCUCCCCCUUCCCUAUAUGUUUCCUUCCCUUUUCCCCUCUUCUAUCCCCGCUUCACUUCAUGGCAUGCCAUCGCUCACAGGCUAUGCUUUAA